AUGGCUGUGAGCCCUUGGUUGGCAGCGGCAGGGCAGCAGAGGAUCCCGCUGGUCCCCUCACCAUUUGGACCUCCAACUGUGGACAGAGAUCUAUUGCCUUCCAUUGUGGCUCCACCUGACCCCAGACACUUUUGUGUUCCUUCCCAGUAUGGAUCCUCUGUUCUACCGAAUGCAAAUUUGACAAAUAUGCUGUCCAGUCACACGUACUCAGGUUGGGGCGUUUUACCGCCUGAAUCUAUAAAGGCGGUGGCCAGAAGGAAUGAGCUGAUUCAAAGGCAUCACACUGCCAGGACAGAAUUGGAAAUGUACGCCAUUUACCAGCAAAGGAGAAUGGAGAAAGUGAAUCCCAAGGGCCUGGCAGGCCUGGGGCCACCGAUCCUCUGCGGCCCCACUGUCCCCGCGGGCCCCGCCGCCUGCCCGGCCCCGGGCUUGCUCCCCGCCGGCGACCUGCACGUCCACAGAAGCGCCCUCGGGAGCCUGCAGGGAAACCCCAUGCUGGUGGCAACUGGACCACACCUGACCGAGAGCUGGAGACAGAAAUGCCGUAGACUCAGGAAAGGGGCAGGGAAUCUGAAGGUCCUGGACAGCCUAACCGAGAAUUCCAAGAGUCCAGCACAGGGAGAGCUGCCACGCCCGACUCACGCGUUUCCCUAUGCAGAGGCCCAGCGCGCGGACCGCGCGGAGAUCACAGCGUGCAGCGGCCUGGCGUCCAGCGCUCCCGGGGCCAAGCCGCCCGCGGUCAGGACUGGCGCCCGCGGAGAGCGCGACCCCGCCGGGGGGGAGCCCUGGGGAUGUCGCGCCGCGCCCCCAGACGCGGAGACGGGGGAUGCGGAGAGAGAGAAGCCCUUGGAGCAGGUGUUCGCAGCCUGUCGCGAGAAGCCCGGGGUUUGCGCCCCACCUCCUCAGUCGUCUCCGCCAGGGCCUCAUGCACUGGUGGCAGCUGGAGGGAACCUCUCCCUGGGUGAAGAUAUUCAGAAGUGGACCGUGGAGGACGUGUACAGCUUCAUCAGUGGCCUCCCGGGCUGUGCAGACUGUGCUCAGAUAUUCAAAGACCAUGGAAUUGAUGGAGAAACUUUGCCACUGCUCACAGAAGAGCAUCUUCGAGGAACAAUGGGAUUAAAACUCGGGCCAGCACUAAAAAUUCAGUCACAGGUGUCUCAGCAUGUGGGAAGUGUGUUCUACAAGAAAAGCCUACCACUCCCUGCCCAGGCAAGACCAGCAGCAGAGCCAGCAGCAGAUCCAAACCCUCUGCUGGAGUCCAGUUCCUGGAGUGAGACGCUGAGCACUCCUUCCUCCCAGGACGUGACCCUUCCCAAAGCGAUCGAGCAAGACAGCGUGAGAAACCAACACCCUCAAAGGCUAUGUUAA